UGAUGCGAACGUUUAAGCGAAUCGUAUGAUUCCACCGUUCGAUGGUAGCAUACAUGCCCAUACAUCAAAAAUCCACAUAGCAUUGUAAAGCAGUCGUGCCGAACACAAUUCAGUCGGUCGCUGAACAUCGAUUCAUUCAGUAGCUGAGCCAGCAAAAGAACAUAGUGGACAGCUGUGAGAAAAAAACUCAUAUUUUUCACACACUAUCACACAUGAAGUGUUAGUUUCUUUGAAUUUCUCCUUCAAAUUGGAUAUAUUUUCAAGAACCACAAAAUCAAAUGCAACAAAACAUUAGUAUUUGUUUUUCAUUGGAUUAUUUGGCGGAUUCAAUUAAAACUCCGAUAAUAAAAAAGAUUGUGAUUCGUUCUCGGCCCAAUAUAAAUUAAGGGUUCUGUGUGACGAUGAUAUACCGAUCAAUCAAUUCCCAUUAAAUAAUUAAUUGUGAUUGUGUGAUAUUCCAAAAGUACAACUCAACAUCAGAAACAUUCAACAAAUAUAUCGAUCACCAAAAUCGGUGUGCUUAGACAAUUUCCGUCUGAAUUCAGUUGAAAGUAAAUUGAAUUUGCCAGUUGAAACGUACGAAAGGUGGUUUUUUAUUUUGCUACUAUUUUAAAGUUCAGUAAAUAAAACGAAUUGUUUGAAAGAAUGUUUCACUCCAAAUUGUCCACGAUGCGAAUGGGAGCGACAGCCGUCAUCAGUUCGGUCAAUCGAUUGCAGCUUGCCAUUGAUGCAAGUAAAUCGAUAUCGACUGCAGCAUAUUAUCCUUGUCGAUAUCAGCAUGUGACGUGUCCUGCACCGACGACCAAAUCAAUCCACUCGCAAAGCGCUCUCAGCUAUUCGAGUUUCAGCAAGAAGCAUGCAAUCAUUGGACGCAAUAAUUUGGCAUUGCCGCAGCUUCGUUCGAUUAGUACUCAUGAAAUAACAAAGCACAUGCGAUUGCUAAGCGAGCAGAAGAGAUGCAUUGAGAAAGAUGACACCACAUUAAGAUUGAAAACCGAACUCGACAAACCUUUGGUCGUUAUGUUCCAAUGGCUAAUGGCAAAGCCAAAUCAUAUCAAGAAAUAUGCUCAAAUUUACAUCGAUCAAGGGUUCGAUGUAAUGACUGUGAGUGUUACACCAUGGCAAGUGAUGUGGCCAACUAAGGGGACACAGUUGGUUGCGGUUGACGUGGUCAAAUUUUUGGAAAACAAUGUGAAUCAAAAAAACCCGGUACUCUUGCACGGUUUUUCGGUUGGCGCCUAUCUAUGGGGGGAAUGUAUGGUCCAUAUGUCACGCGAUGUGGAUCGUUAUCGUCUUUUAAUUGAUAUGAUUCAGGGGCAAGUUUGGGACUCUGCUGUGGAAUUAUCGGAACUCACAAUUGGCGUGCCAAAAGCCGUUUUCCCCAGAAAUGAUACUUUGCAAAACGCAUUGAAAAAUUACUUGAUGUAUCACUUGAGAACAUUCCACAUUCCGGCCACACAGCACUAUAUUCGAGCAAGCCAAGUAUUUGCAAGCACUUUGGUGAAGAAGCCUGCCUUGUUCCUUCUCUCACACAGCGAUCCAAUCGGUUCGGUCAAGGCAAAUACCCUAGUAAAGCAAUCAUGGGAAUCGGCCGGCAUUCGUUGCGACUGGAAAUGCUGGGACAAAUCACCGCAUGUGGCUCAUUUUCAGCGCUAUCGUGAUGAUUAUACCAACAUUUUGUUUGGUUUUCUACACUCAGUCAACAUGAUACAGGAAGCUGAAGCCAUGCGUGCUCGUAUUUAAAUACAAUUAACUUUAAAUAAAUGAAGAAGAAAGAAACUAAGUAUCUUUUGUUCGAUUUUGGCGAUUUCUGUACGAUUUUUUUUUGAAAAUUGUUUUCAUUUUUUUGUCGUUAUUUUUAUGUUUAUCAUUUUUGUUAUUGGAACCAUUUGUUUUUAUCUUAAAUUUCAAUGACUUCUCGUUCCAUAAAUUAUCGAUCAAAGGGAAAAUUGCAUUCUUCAAUAAAUAUGUUUUAUAUUAUGUGGUACAUCAUAGUAUGUGGUUUCUGGUUUUCAAUCCGUUGAAAGCUAUUCAAAUAUUAUCAUUUUAUAUUUUUCCACACACACACACACACACACACACACACACACACAUACAGAGAGAUAUAUGUAUGAUUUAUUUAAGAUCACCAAGUAUCCAAAUGUCUAGAUCAUUGAAAAUAAAAUUUAUAUGACUAGCCAA